AUGCCAAGUCAAGAAAACACUCGACCAAUAGAAGAGCACCUACAAGUGAUCCCGUCUGAGCUAGAGAUUAUCAAGCAAGACUUUGAAAAAAGGAGUUUGGAGUUGGGAAGGAAGAUAGAACAGUUGGAAGAAGAAAAAAUGCAGCUAGGAUUAGAUGUCGACAUCCAAAAGCUAGAGGCCGAUAAAUUGAGAAAAGAAAAGAACAAAGCCGAGGAAGAUUUUGACAGUCUAAAAAUGAAUUAUAAAAAGCUGCGUUUGUCAAUAAGAAUUGCUGGUUUCAAUAAAACAUCGGAGCAAUGCCGACAAGAUAUCAAAGAGGAAAGGAUUAGAGCCGAUCAGUGGGAAAAGAAAUUCCAAGAUGCUCGAGUUCAAGAAGAUGCUCUAGAAAGGGGUCUGUCAGAAAGCCGAAAUGAAAAGAUUGGAUUAAAAACCUGA